GCCGCUCCGCCCUAGCUAGGCUGGGGGCGGGGGAUGAGCUCAGCUCCCCGACGGGAUAAAACUUGCUGCAGCUGCUGGAGCGAAGCAGACGAGACGCGAGAGCAGAGUCGAGCGGUGCCAGCCCCGAUCUCCCAGCGCCCCGGAGUGGAGAACCCCGAUCCCCAGCGCUGAGCCCUGUCUCGCUGGAGACCAGAGCCCUGUGGCCCCACUGACCUGACGCCGGUCCCCAUCCAGCUACAGGAGCGGCGGGAACCAUGACCAUCCUCCUGGAACUCUCGGCUCCAGUCCUCACGGUUGCUUGCCUCCUGAUCCUGUGCCCAGAGGGGGCUCCGACAAGCAUGGGAGGUUCCCUACCCCUUCCCCCGAAGGGCCAGAGCCACUGGCCCUGGCUCCGUGCCCAGGAGAGCAGCCGCCUUGCCUCACCCACCCCCCAGCACGACUUGGGGACAGACUAUUACAACUAUGAGGACCUCUCCACCCCGGAUACCCCAGAGAUGCCUGGCUCCCAGCACGAACCCCAUCAGCCUUGUGACUACCACCAUUGCCGCCACCUGCAGACAGCCUGUGCAGAGUUGAGCAAGGAUACUGGUUGCCUGUGCCCUGGGGUGACUGGCCCAGAUGUGCCACCGGAGCCGCCCCAGCUGGGGGCAGUGCACGUCACUGAGUCUGGGGCCAGCCUGCAUUGGUGUGCCCCCUCCUCCACAGUGUGGGAGUACCGACUGAUGUACCAGGCUGAUGGGGGCCACACCAUUGCUGGCCCCAUCUUCAACAGCACUUUCCGGAUGGCAGUGCUUGCGGGGCUGCACCCCAGCACCUCCUACCUGGUGUGUGUCAUGGCAGCCAACCAGGCUGGUGCCAGCCCCACUGACGAUGGGAGUCGGGCCCAUGGACCGUGCCGCACCAUCCGCACUCUGGCCCCCCAGCUUCCCUAUGCAUAUGUGGCAGCAGGACUGGCGGCCAUGUUCGGCCUGGUGGUGGUGGCCGCGCUGAUCUGGCACUUUGCCCUGCGCUCGAGGAGACGGCAGUUCCAUGGCUCCCAGGACAACAUCCUGGAUGGGGAGGUGGGGCCAAGUGGGGUGGCCAAUGGCUUUUACAAGGGCGAGGAGCAGCUGUAGGGGCACCAGAACCCUCCAUCCCCCAGACACAUACACUGCUGGCCUGGAUUGGAGCCAGCCCCCAUGGACUGUCCAGUGCAGUGGGGACCAGGGCUGGCGGAGAUGUGGAGUUAGAGGUGGACACCACCUGACACAGCCAGAGCAUGAUGCCCUCCCCACUCCACAUGGGGUGAGGCUGCUCAGGUCCUGAUGCUCCCUCCCCAUAACAUUUAUUUAUUUAUUUAUUUAUUUAUGUAUUUAUAUAGUGAAAGGUGGGGGGGUCCUGAAGCAUCAAGGGCUGUGGGGAGGCCCCAUGGGGGGCAGGGUAGAGGGACAUAUAGGCAGAGGCCCUUGACAACCAGUAUGAAUCAUGCUGAGUAACGAUCCCAUCCCACAUCAGACCACCUGUGCUGGCUCCAGUGGGUGGGGGAGUUGCCUGGGGCUCCCCCUGCUUGUUGUGGGGGGAGGUCACCCCAGUUGCUGUUGCAUGUCUGGCCUCGGGGCUGCACCCUGGGACCACCUGCCCCCCCCAUAGCUGGGAUGGUGCGGUGUGGGGAGGAGCCAUGGCAGGGGGCUGGUCGCCGAGGUGGGGAGGCUGGGGGUGUUCUGCACUGCUGGCAAUGUGAACUUGUUCGUGUUGAAUAAAGUCCAGAAGCAAUGUCCUGGCUGCAGGUUUGUCCCUCGUCUCCUUCAGCUCCUCUUGAUUGCAUGGAACAGUGAAUCAUCACAGUACCCCCACAGCGGGGCUCUUCCCCGCACUUCCUGGACAGUCUGUCUGGACCCAGCUCUGCUGGGGUUUCCGCUAAGAGCCGCACCCAGCAGUGUCACAAGGGCCCUUGAACCAUUGCCUGGAAAACAUGAUCCAUCCCAGAUGUGUGAGAGAAGGCCCUAGCCCAGAAGGCAAUGGGAAUGAGGAGCAGCCCCCGCCCUCCUCAUUCUAGGGUUUCUUGAGGAACGACCCAGCUCCAUGCCCUGACUGCUGGGGAAGCCAUGGUGCCCAGCUAGGCGGACCCGACAUUUCGGUAACACACUCAAGUCAAAAGUGGGGAGAUGUGUCCAGAGCACCUGUGGCCCAGAGGACUGAGAGGAGAUGUAUCUGGAGCACCUGCGGCCCAGAGGACUGAGAGGAGAUGUGUCUGGAGCACCUGCAGCCCAGGGACCUCUGGGGAGAUGUGUCUGGAGCACCUGUGCCCCAGGGGCCUCUGGUGAGAUGUGUCUGGAGAACACGUGGCCCAGGAGACAUGUCCAAGCACAAGGGGCUUCGGCAGACUGGGGUGCUGGCUCCAAGGUGUAAGGCAGCCAGACUGUGGGGUCUCCAUUGCCCUAGGAAGGGCUCAGACCUGCGGGCUUCCCACCUGGGAGGGCACUUAGAGAUUCAGGGCUGGGAACAAUGACCUGGCUCAACCCAGACCCAGGGGGCUUGGCAGCUGGGUUCCCGUCCCCUCACAAUGGCCAGGUGUCCAUUCAGAGGAGGGGCAGGGGGAAGGACAGGCUGUGACAACCACUACCCUCUCCCUCCACUCCCCUGCACAUGGGGUCACUUAGGAUCCCCACAAGAUAUUCUGCAAGAGUUGGGGGGUUAGCCCCGCGCCUGUGGCUGGAGCCAGGGAAAUGGAGCAGGGUCUGGGCAGGGCAGUGGGAGCAGGAUCCAGGGGAAAUAGCUGGCAAAGGGGGAGCGGAAG